AAAAGAACGAAGGAAAAGCUUCUAUAAAAUUUUAUCCUUGAAAUUAAUUGUUUUUUGGAAUAAUUGAGAAGUGAUGAGUGAUAAUUGAGAGUUAAUUUUGUGUGAAACUAUAUGGUCAGCAUCACUUGAAGGCUGAGAUUCCUGAACCUGCUUGGCUUCUUUUCUUGAUUCUUCUUCGUCAAUCACAUCAUCGUUCCCAAUUUCAAUCAAUCUCCGAUCAUCUUUCACGUAACCCAAUCGGAAUUCUCACCCUUAUCGCCUCUGAAAUCUAGGUUUUCAUUCUUCUUUUCUCGUCCAAUCCUUGAUUUAAUCGUUUUUCGCCAGUGAAAUCGGAUAAGUUGUUGUAUAUUUUCAUCGCCUGUACGCUCUCUGAGGGACCGCCGCCUUACUUCUCCUUUGGAGAGAUAGAGUUAUUCCGGUGAGAAUUUGAUUUGGUUGAGAAUUUUUGAUAUCUCUGUAAAUGGCGGAUCUCAAAGAGCGGUUGCUUCCACCAAAACCUGCUUCUGCUAUUAAUCUUAGGGAGGCAAUUAAUAAUCGACCAUCAGCCUCUGGCAGGGUGCCUUUUCAAGGUGUGGAUGUUCUAGGACUGAAGAAGCGAGGACAGGGACUUAGAUCUUGGAUCCGGGUAGAUUCCUCUGGGAACUCCCAGAUUAUUGAGGUUGAUAAGUUCACCAUGAUGCGUCGUUGUGAUCUACCUGCGCGUGAUUUGCGGUUGCUUGAUCCUUUGUUUGUUUACCCUUCAACAAUUCUUGGUAGAGAGAAGGCUAUUGUAGUCAAUCUAGAGCAGAUUCGUUGUAUUAUAACAGCUGAUGAAGUUUUGCUGUUAAAUUCCCUUGAUAGUUAUGUACUGCAGUAUGUGGUAGAGCUACAAAGGCGAUUGAAAGCUACUGGGGUUGAUGAGGUCUGGCAGAAUGAUGCAAAUCAUGGUGCUGACUUAAACCGAAGAAGGGGAAGUAGGAAUUUUGAUAAUGUAUUUGGAAACACCUCUCCUGAUUAUUUGCCCUUUGAGUUUAGAGCUUUAGAAGUUGCUUUGGAAGCAGCUUGUACAUUUCUUGAUUCCCAGGCUGCAGAAUUAGAAAUCGAAGCAUACCCAUUGCUGGAUGAACUUACGUCUAAAAUCAGUACAUUAAAUUUGGAGCGGGUCCGUCGCUUGAAAAGCAGACUUGUUGCCCUGACUCGAAGGGUUCAGAAGGUUAGGGAUGAAAUAGAGCAGCUCAUGGAUGAUGAUGGAGAUAUGGCAGAAAUGUAUCUCACCGAGAAGAAAAUGAGAAUGGAGUCAUUUGUUUAUGGUGAUCAGUCUGUGACUGGAUACAGAUCAAUUGAUGGAGCGUCUAUUUCUGCUCCUGUUUCUCCUGUAUCUUCACCACCCGAAACUCGCAGGCUUGAGAAGAGCCUGAGCAUUGCCAGGAGCCGGCAUGAGAGCAUGAGAAGUUCAGAAAGUACCACUGAAAAUAUAGAGGAGCUCGAGAUGCUUCUUGAAGCAUAUUUUGUUGUCAUUGAUAGCACCCUGAAUAAGUUGACAUCGUUGAAGGAAUACAUCGAUGACACAGAAGAUUUCAUCAACAUUCAACUGGAUAAUGUACGUAAUCAGUUGAUCCAGUUUGAGCUACUGCUAACUACUGCGACAUUUGUUGUUGCCAUUUUUGGGGUGGUAGCUGGAAUUUUUGGCAUGAAUUUUGAAAUACCAAUGUUUGGGGAUCCUGAUGCAUUCAAGUGGGUUCUUCUAAUUACUGGAGCAAGUGGAAUUGUCAUAUUUGCUGCAUUUGUUUGGUUUUUCCGAUACAAAAGACUGAUGCCACUUUAAAUUUAUGGGUGGUUGAAGGUAACAAAAUGGAAUCCCAUUGAUUGUAUUAUUUCUGUUUUCCCCCCUCUUAGAUUAAUGUUAACAUGAAAUGUAAGUAGAUGUAGGAAAAACUUGGCUCAUCUCUAGUAAUUCAUUCAACUUAAUUUUGAAGCCUUUGUUCAUC